AUGUCUAUUUCCUUUAAGGAACUUAUUGCACUCCGUCGUGUGCACUUGGCACAACAACAGCAACAGAGGAAAGAGAACAGAACCACCACCGCCUCUGUUACGCUUGACUCUCUAAAUAGGUACACACGUGGAACAGAGAAUUCUCCUCAGAGUGAGGUUGAUGGCAGCGAAAAUGAUGUUGAGACAGUUGAACAACAACAACAACAACAGCAGCAACAGCAGUCUCGGGAACAAUCGCAAGAACCUUUUUGGUUAAGAGAUGAGACGAAUGAAAGGAGUCCACCCCGUCAACGGCCGUGGUCUCAACCGGUCAUUGGAAGAUAUGCUAUGGAGGAGGAAGUUCCUCGUAGUGAGGAACCAAAGGUAUUUGUACCGUAUGAAACGGUUAGGGGUGACCUUCCUAGAGCUGAGGUCAUGCGACGUUGGCGACGACGAUAUGAUGAAUUUUCAGUAGAAACGAUGUUAAAGGAAAUGAACAUUAUAGUGGAUGGAGAGAUGCCUGAUGAGAUACCGGGUUCCUAUCACACAUUACUCCCUCUUGAUGCUUUUGAUGAUAAACGUUUUGAGGAACUUUCACCAGAAGAUUGGUUAGCUAAACGUGAUGGAUCGGGUGGUGUUCCGUGUAUGGUAUUACGUCAUGUAGGGAAAUGGCGUUGGUUUAACGGAUCUGUAACAUCAUGGGAUAAGGAAACGAAUCUCUUAACUACACAUCUUCUUGAAACCGAUGGAAAUGAUGAUUCUACUUCUCCUCUUCAAAAUGAAAAGAGAGAUAUUAUUACUGUACCUCGUGUGUAUGUAUGCUUUAAAGCAGAAAAUCCACGUAAUUUUGUUGAACGAUUUACUGAAGCAUUUCGCAUGCGAAAAUUAGUAGAAAGUGUACUUCGAGAACAAUUAUAUGUUGAAUCUAUUCCACCAGAUGAAUUUCAGGUUAUUGAUCCAUCUGUAUUGACUCGUAUACAUCAAUUAUCUCUUAAUAUACCAAUUCUUUAUGAGAAUGAAGCUACUUUAAAUGUAACAGAAGCUCUUGAAGAAGUUCGAACGGAUUAUUCCCGUGUAAUGAACCUUGAAUUAUUAAAAAAUGUAACGAAACAUGGAGGACUUCUUCAACUUCUUGGUGGAUCAACACUUCCUCCUGCAGAACCUGUUAAGAAAGUACAAGAACGUGGAAUUUACAAAUUGCGGAAUAAUUGUUUCAAUGAUGUCUUAAAUGCUUUUAAUCGUGAUUCUCUUAUUGCUCGAAAUGAUCUUUCUAUUGGUGUUCUUCAACGUGUACGGGAAGGAAAUGAUGCAUUAGAAUCUCGUAGUGUAUUUCGUAUUGGUCAACCUCUAGAUGAGGUUUGUCCUAUUAUGAUGGAUGCUUUUGAAGAAUUACAACUUGGAUAUAUUAGAGAAAGUGCCCAAUAUUUACGAGAAACUUGGGUUCCUGGUAUUUCAGACUACAUUAAACGUGUUUUUUCUCCAUUUACUGGGAAUGAUGAAAUUAAUCUUCACCUUAGUGAAUCUGAAUAUGAAGGAUCCAAGACACAACGAUUGAUGAGUACUAUAACGAUCCAAAUGCAGGAUUCUCUUCGAUUAUUAUUAAGGAAAUCCCUUUUUGAUUUUGCUUCCUUUAUUGAUGAAGCUGCAAAAUAUAAAGUUACCGUACGAGGUAUGACAGACGUGGAAGUAGAACCUUUAGUUGAAAAAGAACAUGUACGAAUAACUCCACUUUUUAAAGUAAUACUUGUAGAUGAUGAGAAUCGUGUUCUUCAUUAUGUUACUUCCGCUACAGAUUUUUCCAAAAUGCUUGUUGAACUUGUCAAGCGGUGUUUAACAUUGCAUACUGGAGUACGUUCUGUAGAACGUCGACUUUUUAGUUUUUUAUACGAUCCUGCCACCGCCUUUGUACCUUCUAUAGAUACAAAAGAUGCUGAUGUUCAAGCUUGUAUAGAUCAACUAAAUCAAACCCUUUCACGUGCGGAAGUACCUCUUGAGACGUAUUUAUCUAUGUAUCAAGAGUUUACAGAACUCGUCGCGCUUGACGUGACUCAAUAUGUAGAAUAUUUUAAGACACAGUUUACCACUACGAAAGGUGUAGUGGAGGAAAUUCAACGGCACAUGGAUCAACGUUUGGAGAUUGAGAAACGUAUUCCACGUUUUGUAAAUCUUGGUCUAUUUCAAGUAGAUUGUACAGAUUUAAAAUUACGUUUAUCUAACAAAUGUUCUAAUAUUGCCAAUAUGCUUUUAAAUGUUAUGAUGCAACGGGCGAAUUUAAAAGCUUCAGAAGUAAGUGACGCAUUUCGAGAUCUUCGUGAAACUCUUAUGAAGUCUACAGAAACACCAGAAGAAGUUGUAGAAAGACAAGAGUUUAUAAAGACUAUUCCUGAAAAAGUUUUUGAUUUACAAGCCAUGAUUGUUGAAAUUCAGGAAAUUCAUGCUAUUCUUGAUAACUUUCAAGUUCCUCUUGGUGAAGAAGAUUUUAAUAAAAAAUGGGUAGCCAUUGGAUGGCCAGCAAGAUUAGAUGAUGAUAUUAUUCAACGACAACAUGAACUUGAGCAAACAAAAAGAAGUCUUAUUAUUAGUCUUCGUAAAUCACAAGAAGCAUUUCAAGAGAAAAUUGAUCAAAUGCAACAAACUGUGGAAGGUUUCCAUCGUCGCACAAACGUUAAUAAGAUCAAUGAUAUUGUAACAGAUGUGAAUGCCGUACUUGAACAUAUUCAACUUUUAAUGGAAACAGCCAAUACUAUUAAUACACAUGAGUCUCUUUUUGAACUUGACACUACAGAUUACAGUGUAGUACGUGAUCUCUCUGCUGAUUUUGAACCUUUUGCCUCACUUUGGCUUACAGUUCAUGAUUGGAGUUCAGCCACUCGUGAGUGGAAUAAUAAACCUUUUAUUGAGAUUGAUGCUGAGGCAAUGGAACAGCGAGUUAUAAAGAAUUAUCAAACGAUUUGUAAAAGUAGUCGUGAUCCUAAACUUACUGAAAUUCUUGUGAAUAUAGCCCAAAAAACUAAAAAGAAAAUUGAAGAAUUUAAACCCAUGUUACCUUUUGUAAAGUAUUUACGUACAGAAGGUUUAAAAGAUAGACAUUGGGAUCAAAUUUCAAAAGAAAUUGGUUAUGAAGUGAGACCUGGAAAAACUCUUAUUGCCCUUAAUGAUCUCAAAACACUAAAAGUAAAUGAAUAUGAAGAAAUUCUUCUUCGAAUAUCUGAAGUGGCAUCCCGUGAGUAUCAAAUUGAGAUAUCUCUUAAAAAGAUGAAAGCCGAAUGGGAAAGUAUAGGAUUAAAUGUACAAUCCUAUAAAUCUACUGGUUGUUAUGUACUACCAAAGGAUUCUGUAGAUACAAUUCAAGAAAAAUUGGAUGAUCAAAUGCUUAUUACACAAUCACUUGGAUUUUCACCAUUUAAAAAGAUGUUUGAAAAUGAUAUUACCAUGUGGGAAACAUCUCUUAAACAAGUUCAAAAUGUUAUGGAUGAAUGGCUUAUUUGUCAAAAGGCAUGGUUAUAUUUAGAACCAAUCUUUCAAUCAGAAGAUAUUAUUAGACAAUUACCUCGUGAAGCGAAAAGAUUUCAAAAAGUAAAUGAAAAUUGGCGUAAACUUACCAAUAAAGCUCAUGAAAUAGAAUUAUCAUUGGAUUUUUGUAUACUUAGUGAAUCUUUAACAUUAUUUAAAGAAAAUAAUGAACUUUUAGAGCUUAUUCAAAGAGGUUUGAAUCAAUAUUUGGAAAGUAAAAGAUCUUCCUUUGCAAGGUUUUAUUUUCUUUCGGAUGAUGAAUUACUUACUAUACUUUCUGAAGCUCGUGAUCCUCAGAAAAUUCAACCUCAUUUCCGUAAAUUAUUUGAAAAUAUUAUGGAAAUAGAUAUGCGAGAACCAAAUAAUGAAAUGUAUGGUAUGUAUUCACAGAUGCGAGAAUAUAUACCAUUUGAUCAAUCUAUUAUUCCUCGUAAGAAUAUUGAGAAUUGGUUAACAGAAAUUGAACAAAUGAUGCGAUUAUCUAUUCGUUCUCAAUUAUCUAAAGGAUUAAAAAUUUGUGCUACAAGUGGUCGUGAAGAUCUUAUUCUUAAUUCUCCUGGUCAAGUAGCUAUUGCAGUAAAUCAAAUUUUAUGGACACGUGAUUGUGAACAGAGUUUUAAAGAACAUGGUUCUUUAAUUCCACAUGUUCCAAAAGCAAAGGAAAAUUUAAUGGAACUUGUAGAAAUUGUAAGACGUCCUCUUUCAAAUCUUCAACGAAUGAAUUUAAGUGGUCUUAUCACUAUUGAAGUACAUGCCAGAGAUAUUGUAGAACAAUUAGCAGAAGAAAAAGUAGAUAGUGUAUUUGCUUUUGAAUGGGUUUCACAACUUCGUUCUUAUUGGGAAAAUAAUGAUUGUUUUUUGCGUCAAGUGGAAGCUCAAUUUCAGUAUGGUGGAGAAUAUCUUGGUAAUACCACACGUCUUGUCGUGACUCCAUUAACUGAUCGUAUUUAUUUAACUCUCACAGGAGCUAUGCAUAUGUUUCUUGGUGGAGCUCCUGCAGGUCCUGCGGGUACGGGAAAAACAGAAACUGUAAAGGAUCUUGCUAAAGCGGUAGCUAAACAAUGUGUGGUAUUUAAUUGUCAAGAAGGAAUGACCUAUGCAUCUAUGGGAAAGUUUUUUAAAGGAUUAGCUCAAGCUGGUGCGUGGGCUUGUUUUGAUGAAUUUAAUCGUAUAGAUGUAGAGGUGCUCUCUGUGGUAGCUCAGCAAGUAUCAUCAUUACAAGAAUCUGCACGUACAAAACAAUAUCGUAUUUGUUUUGAAGGAACAGAAAUUAUAGUAGAUCCAUCCUAUUCUGUCUUUAUCACAAUGAAUCCAGGUUAUGCUGGACGUACAGAAUUACCAGAUAAUUUAAAAGUUCUUUUCCGUCCAGUGGCUUGUAUGGUACCAGAUUAUGCGAUGAUUGCAGAGAUUCGUCUCUUUUCAUUUGGUUACUCCAAUUCACGUGCAUUAGCACAAAAGAUGGUAGCAACAUUUCGAUUAAGUUCUGAACAACUUUCUUCACAAGAUCAUUAUGAUUUUGGUAUGCGUGCUGUGAAUACGGUUAUUUCUGCCGCAGGUCUGAUGAAACGUGAAUCUCCUGACGAAGAAGAAGAUGUGUUACUUCUUCGUGCCUUACGGGAUUCAAAUAUGCCUAAAUUCUUAGAACAGGAUCUUAUUUUAUUUUCUGGUAUUAUUUCUGAUUUAUUCCCUGGUGUGGAACUCCCAGUACGGGAUUAUGGAUCUUUACUAAAUGUACUACGUGAAAAGGCAAUAGAAAUGCAUUUGGAACCGACAGAUAUGUUUCUUAAGAAAUGUGUACAAUUGUAUGAAAUGAAUAUUUUACGACAUGGUCAAAUGAUUGUGGGACCAACAAUGGGUGGAAAAACAUGUGCAACUCGAGUUCUACAAGCGGCAAUGACAAAAUUACGAGUAGAAUUAAAUGAAGAACGUUUUGCAGAAGUACAAAUACACUGUUUAAAUCCAAAAUCUAUUACGAUGGCUCAAUUAUAUGGUGGAUUUGAUGAUGCCACAGGAGAAUGGCGUGAUGGUCUUGUAGGUGAAUUAUUUCGAAUUGCCGCUCGUGAUACAUCCGAUACGAAACAUUGGAUUUACUUUGAUGGACCGGUAGAUGCACUUUGGAUUGAAUCUAUGAAUACUGUAUUAGAUGAUAAUAAGAAACUUUGUUUAAUUUCAGGUGAAAUUAUUGCCAUGACACCUUAUAUGAGUUGUUGGUUUGAAGUUGAAGAUCUCGCCGUGGCUUCACCCGCUACCGUUUCUCGUGCAGGUAUGAUUUAUAUGGAACCUGUGAGUUGUAUUGGUGUAGGGGCUUUUAUCUCUACAUGGUUACAACAUAGACUUCCCAGUACAAUGGAUCCAUAUAAGGAAGUACUUGAAAAAUUAUCCACCACCUUAUUUCCUAUACUGAUUGAUUUUGUUCAACAAGAAGUAAUGGAAUACAGUCCAUCAGUUUGGCCAAAUUUGGUUAUUUCAUGUUUUAACAUUUUAGAAGCUUUGUUAACACCAUUUACCCCAACAAGAGCCACAGAAGUACCACAAGAACGAUUAGAACGAUUAAAAGAAAUUUAUAUGCAUUUAUUUGUCUUUUCUAUUGUAUGGUCUUUUGGAGCUACAGGUGAUAUGCAAAGUCGUCAACGAUUUGAUAAUUUCUUACGAGAUCAAUUACAUGAUUUAAAUGUUGGUAUUGAACUUCCAGUUAUUGGUUGUAUUCAAGAUUAUGAAUUUGUAGUAGAUGAGGCACGAUGGAUUCUUUGGACUGAUCGUUUAGCGACAUUUAAUGUACAAGUAACGGCACAGAAUGUAGCGGAUAUUAUUGUACCUACGGCAGAUGUCGCUCGAUAUAAAUAUAUUAAUAAACUCCUUUUACAGAAAUCUUUCCAUACUCUUUGUUGUGGUCCUACUGGUACUGGUAAAACGGUAUUACUUCAACAAUUAUUAAUGAAUGAGAUGCCAAAAGAGUUUACACCCAUUUUCUUUACAUUUUCUGCCCGUACAAGUGCGAAUCAAACACAAGAUUUGAUAUUUUCUAAAUUUGAUGUCCGACGUCGAGCUUCACCCCAAAUUUGGGGAGCUCCUGUAAAUAAAAAGUUUAUUAUCUUUAUUGAUGAUAUGAAUAUGCCAGUAAAGGAACAAUAUGGAGCACAACCACCUAUUGAGAUUUUACGUCAAUAUAUGGAUUAUAAAGGAUGGUAUGAUCGUAAAACACGUGAAUUCUUUCAAAUUGUGGAUGUUGUCUUUACAGCCGCUAUGGGACCCCCAGGAGGAGGAAGAACACAUGUAAGUCAACGUUUCCUUCGUCAUUUUAAUCUUAUUUCUUUCCCAGAUGUGGAUGAAGAUAGUAUGAAACGUAUUUUUGUUUCUAUACUAGAAAGUUAUUUUAAACCUUUUGGUGAAGAUGUUCGUACAAAGUUAUCAUCUGUUGUGGUAGCAUCUAUAGAAAUAUUUAAUACCGUUACCAAAGAACUUCGUCCAACCCCAUCACGUCCACAUUAUCUUUUUAAUUUACGUGAUCUUUCUAAAGUGAUGAGUGGACUUCUUAAAGCGACUCCCAAGACAACUACUUCAUUGGUGGCACUUCUUAGAUUAUGGGUUCAUGAGGAAUUACGUACCUUUAAAGAUCGUCUUACAAGUGAAGAAGAUAGAGAAUGGUUUGAUCAACAAUUGCAUAAACAGGUGGAAAAACAUUUUAAAAUGUCUUUUGAUACAGUAAUCCCACCUGAAAAAGGAACCGAUGGUUUAUUAUUUGUAGAUUUCCUUAAUACAAAAUCAGAUUUACUCGUUUAUGAAGAAGUACAAGACCCUAAUCAUCUUGUGAAGACAUUAGAGGCAAAAUUGGUAGAAUAUAAUAAUAUUUCUUUUCAUAAAAUGAAUCUUGUUAUGUUUGCUUAUGCGGUUGAACAUAUUUGUCGAAUUGCCCGAGUUAUUCGAAAACCCAAUGGACAUGUUUUACUAUUAGGUGUAGGUGGUUCUGGUCGUCAAUCCCUUUCUCGUGUAGCCGCAUUCCUUAAUGAGUUUGAAGUCUUUCAAGUGGAAAUAUCAAAAGGUUACUCUAUGAAUACAUGGCGUGAAGAUAUUAAAACAGCCUUAAGACGAGUAGCCUUUCAUAACAAACAAGUUUUAUUCCUUUUUACCGAUACACAAAUUGUGAAUGAAUCUAUGUUAGAGGAUGUUAAUAAUCUUCUAAACUCUGGAGAAGUACCUAAUCUCUUUGUUGGACCAGACUUGGAUGAAGUUUUUAAUGCUAUGAAACCUGUUUGUAUUAGUGAGGGUAUUCAUCUUGAUAAGGUAAGUAUGUAUGCCAGAUUUGUAAAAUUUUGUAAAUUUAAUUUACAUGUUUCUCUUUGUAUGUCACCUUUGGGAGAAACCUUUCGUAGUCGUUUACGUAUGUUUCCUGCACUUGUAAAUUGUUGUACCAUUGAUUGGUUUACCGCAUGGCCUACUCAAGCUUUGAGAAGUGUGGCACAUAAUUACUUUAGUAAUCUAAAACUAUUAAAAGAGAAUGAAGUUAAUAGUUGUACAGAUUUAUGUGUGAUGAUUCAUCAAAGUGUGGAAGAUAUCUCUAUUCGUUUUCUUGAGGAAACAAGACGUCAUAAUUAUGUAACCCCAACUUCUUUCUUGGAAUUACUUCAAACUAUUAAACGAUUACUUGAAUCUCAAACUGAAUCUGCUAAUAUGCGAAGACAUCGUCUUCAAAAUGGAUUAAAUAAAUUACGAGAAACAGAAGUUGCAGUAUCAGAAUUACAGCAAACACUUGCCAUGAAUCAACCUAUUCUUCUUCAAAAGAGUGAAUCUAUUAAAAGACUCAUGGAAGAGAUUGUGGUUCAAACCGCAUCUGCAGAAGAAACCAAGAAGGAAGCUGAAAAGGAAGAAUCUGCAGUGGCUGCCAAACAACGUGAAUGUGCGGCAAUUGAAGAAGAAGCUCAUGAACAAUUAAGUGAAGCUUUACCGGAAUUAGAUCGGGCAUUAGAGAGUUUGGCAAACUUAAAAUCUUCACAAAUUACAGAAGUGGCGGGUUAUAAAGCCCCUACACCUGGUGUAGUGAUGACUAUGCAGGGAAUUGCCAUUUUAUUCCAAAUUAAACCCGUUAUGAAAGCUGGUGGACCAAUGGAAGAGAAAAAACCGGAUUAUUGGGCAACCGCAAAGGAACAAUUAUUAAAUAAUCCCAAUAUGUUAAUGCAGCGACUCAUGACUUAUGAUAAGGAACAUAUUCCUGAACGACUCAUACAAGCUGUGAUGCCAUUAGUCACAUCGGAGGAUUUUACACCUAAAAAGAUUGCCGGGGCGAGUCAAGCCUGUGCGGCGAUGUGUCAAUGGACUCAUGCGAUGGUGAAAUUUCAUGAAGUAAAUAAAAAAGUGGAACCCUUACGGCAAAGAUUAGCAAUUGCACAAGAUGAUAAUCGUGUUUUUCAGGAAAAACUUCGUUUAGCACAGGAACAAUUAGAGGCGGUGGCGAUGAAAUUAAAAGGUUUACAAGAUGAUAAGACAAGAGCAGAAAAUGAAAUGAAAGAACUUGAAGAAGUUGUUCGUAUGACAGAAAUUAAACUUGGUAGAGCCGCUAUGUUGAUUGAUGGAUUAGCAGGAGAAAAGAAAAAUUGGACAAGUACUUUACAAGAAAUUAAUGAAAAUUCUAAAUUUUUAUUAGGUAAUAUGAUUGCCGCUGCAGGACAAAUUGCAUAUGUUGGACCUUUUACAGCUUCUUACCGAAAUGAUUUACUUCAAUUAUGGAAAAGUGAAUUAGAAGCACAUCAAAUUACACAUAAUCAACAACUUUCUGUUUAUCAUACUUUACAAGAUCCUAUCGUGACUCAAAAUUGGAAUGUAUGUGGAUUACCAACAGAUGUAUUAUCUAUAGAAAAUGCUAUUAUUAUGACAAAUGCACGUCGUUGGCCUCUUAUGAUUGAUCCUCAAACGCAAGCUAAUAAAUGGAUUCGACAAAUGUAUCCAGAAGGAAUGGAAAUAUUAAAACCUAGUCAAAAAGAUGUUAUUAAACGUAUUGAAUAUGCGGUUCGUUCAGGACGUCCUGUACUUUUGGAAAAUGUUGGUGAAACUAUUGAUGCUAGUCUUAGUCCUCUUUUAGCUAAACAAACCUUUAUUCAAGGUGGACAAGAAAUGAUUCGUUUAUCUGAACAUCCUAUUCCAUGGAAUCCUGAUUUUAAAUUCUUUAUGACUACAAAAUUACCAAAUCCACAUUAUAUUCCAGAAGUUAUGGUACAAGUUACCUUAUUAAACUUUUUUAUUACCCCACAAGGUUUAGAAGAUCAACUUCUCGGUGUGGUAGUUGGACAGGAACGUAAAGAACUUGAAAUGCGUCGAAGUGAAUUAAUUAAAAUGAAUGCCUCUAUGCGAGCUGAAGUAGCAGAAAUUCAAAAAACUAUUUUACGAAAAAUGGAAGAGGUAAAAGGUGAUAUUCUUGAUGAUGAAAGUCUUAUUGAAUAUCUUAAUCAAUCCAAAACGACUACAGAUGAGAUCAAAACAAGAGUUGCAGAAGCUGAAGAAGCAGAAGUAGAAAUUAAUGCUAGUCGUGAAUUAUAUCGUCCAGUUUCUCGUCAUUCUUCAUGUUUAUACUUUUGCUGUGCUACACUUUCAAAUGUAGAUCCUAUGUAUCAGUAUUCAUUACAAUGGUUUGUACGACUCUUUAUAAAUGGUAUUGAAUCUUCAGAACCUUCGGAUGAAUUAGAAACACGACUAACGAAUCUUCAGGAUUAUUUUACGUAUAGUUUUUAUCAGAAUAUUAGUCGUUCAUUAUUUGAAAAACAUAAAAUUAUGUUUUCCUUCUUCCUUUGUGUCCGUAUUCUUCAGCAAGGCAAUGCUAUAGAUGAUGAUGAGUUCCGUUUCUUAUUACAAGGACCAUCUAUGGCUACGAAAACACAACCCAAUCCGGCAUCUUCUUGGCUUAGUGAUUCCACAUGGGCUGAAAUUUGUUAUCUUUCUAACAAUUUUGCAAGUUUUAAAGGGUUUGCCUCUCACUUUUCAGAUAAUCUUGAAUAUUAUCGAGAUAUUUUCAUGUCUUCCAUGGCCCAUAAAGAGAAAUUAAAAGGUGUUUAUAGAGACCGAAUUACACCAAUGGAACAUAUGAUGUUUCUUCGUUGUCUUCGUCCAGAUAAACUUAUGGAAGCUGUACAGGAUUUUGUAACGGAAAAUCUUGGGGAACGUUUUAUUCGUCCACCCCCAUUUGAUCUUCUUACUUCUUUUAAAGAAUCUAAUCCUACAACACCACUUAUUUUUAUUCUUUCUCAAGGUGCAGAUCCUUUUGAAGAUUGGAAAAAAUUUGCGGAAUUACAAAAUAUGGGUAAAAAAUUAUCCGAUAUAUCUCUUGGUCAAGGACAAGGUCCACGUGCAGAGCGAAUGCUGCAAGAAGGAAUGGAAAAUGGAACGUGGGUACUUCUUCAAAAUUGUCAUUUGGCAACUUCUUGGAUGCCGGUGUUAGAACGAUUGGUGGAAUCUAUGGGAACAAGUGGUAUUCAUCCUUCAUUCCGUUUAUGGCUUACUUCCAUGCCAAGUCCACAUUUCCCUGUUUCGGUAUUACAAAAUGGUGUAAAGAUUACAAAUGAACCUCCUAAAGGAAUGCAAGCAAAUGUGACACGAUCUGUAUUAAGUUAUCGUCCGGAAUAUUUGGAAACUUGUGCAAAACCAAAAGAAUUUAAAAAAUUAUUUUUUGCCAUGUCUUUCUUCCAUGCCCUUAUUCAAGAACGUCGAAAAUUUGGACCACUUGGAUGGAAUAUUGCCUAUGAAUAUACUUCUGGAGAUUUGGGUUGUUGUAUUGCUCAAAUACGUAUGUUUUUAGAAAAAUAUGAAGAAGUUCCAUAUAAAGUUAUUAAAGAAUUAAGUGGUAAUAUUCACUAUGGUGGUCGAGUUACGGAUGAUUGGGAUAGACGUACACUUAAUACAAUAUUAGAAGUUUUUGUUACUCCUGAUGUUAUGCAAGAUGGAUAUUAUUUCUCUCCUUCUGGAGAAUAUCAAUCUAUUCCUGCUGGAACCCAAAAAGAUUACCUAGCUUAUAUUGAUUCUUGGCCUCUUAAUACUAAUCCUGAGGUAUUUGGAUUAAAUGAAAAUGCUGAUAUUACAUGUGCACGUAAUGAAACUUUUGAAACAUUAGAAGCUAUAGUAGCUUUACAAGGUGAGGCAGCGCCAAAGAGUACCUUGGGAAAAUCUCCUGAUGAAGAAGUUAUGGAACUUGCUCAGUUUAUUCGAGAGAAAAUAAGUGAACCAUUUAAUAUUAUUGAAUUUAAUAAAAAAUAUCCAACUAUUUAUGAAGAUUCUAUGAAUACAGUUCUUGUACAAGAAGCUAUUCGUUUUAAUCGUCUUACCGUAGUGGUACGAGAAACCCUUGAAUCCCUUCCUCUUGCCAUUAAAGGUGAAGUAUUGAUGAGUCGUGAACUUGAAGAAGUUUAUCGCGCUCUUUACAAUAAUCAAGUUCCGGUAAAGUGGGCAGAACGAGCCUACCCAAGUCUUAAACCGCUUGGAGCUUGGGUAGAUGAUUUAGUUCAACGACUUUCAAUGAUUAAUACAUGGUAUGAACAAGGACACCCAAAUGUAUAUUGGAUUUCUGGAUUUUUCUUCCCACAAGCUUUUCUUACUGGUAUAUUACAAAAUUUUGCUCGAAAAAUGAAAAUUUCUAUUGAUACCGUUAGUUAUGGUUUUGAAUGGAUGAAUACAGAACACAGUACAGUGACGGCUCCUCCUGAAGUGGGAUGUUAUAUUCAUGGUAUCUUUAUUGAAGGAGCUAGAAUAGACCGAUUUACAUUACAAUUGGAAGAAUCUAUGCCAAAGGUGUUAUUUGAACAAGUUCCCAUGUUAUGGCUUAAACCUGUUAUUAACAGAGCGAAACCAAAGAAUGAUGUGUAUGUGUGUCCACUGUACAAAACACUUCGUCGUGCUGGUACGCUGAGUACAACAGGACACUCUACAAACUACGUUCUCACGGUGGAAAUUCCCACUACCGUUGACCCCAAACAUUGGAUAAAACGUGGUGUGGCUCUUAUUUGUGCCCUGAACUCUUAA